AUGCUUCCUUAUAGACUAACAAAAUGCCGUGAACCACGGCGAUACACAGCAUUCGAAGGGGACAAUACCGUAGCGAAAAAUGUCUUCAAGAGCACAAAAUCGAAUCAAGAUCCACCACACUUAAUCACACUUGUUAAAGUAUUUGGUGAAGAUAUAAUCAUAACUUUUUCUCAGAGUAGGCACGCAAAAACUGACACAUGA